GGACGUCCGUCGGGCCCCGCGACGAGCAGCCCGCCGUCCAGAGCGCGCCGCUGGGUGCCCUGCGCGGCGGCCGGGGCGAUGCCGCCUGGUGCCCGCUGAGGCCCCGAGCAUGGCCCGGUCGCUGACCUGGAGCUGCUGCCCCUGGUGCCUGACGGAGGAGGAGAAGACGGCCGCGCGGAUCGACCAGGAGAUCAACAAGAUCCUCCUGGAGCAGAAGAGGCAGGACCGCGGGGAGCUGAAGCUGCUGUUGCUGGGGCCUGGCGAGAGCGGCAAGAGCACCUUCAUCAAGCAGAUGCGCAUCAUCCACGGCAACGGCUACUCGGAGGAGGAGCGCAAGGGCUUCCGGCCGCUGGUCUACCAGAACAUCUUUGUGUCCAUGCAGGCCCUGAUCGAGGCCAUGGGCAGGCUGCAGAUCCCCUUCAGCAGGCCCGAGAGCCAGCACCACGCCAGCCUGGUCAUGAGCCAGGAUCCCUACAAGGUGACCACGUUCGAGCAGCGCUGUGCGGUGGCCGUGCAGUACUUGUGGCAGGACGCUGGCGUCCAGGCCUGCUAUGAGCGCCGGCGUGAGUUCCACCUGCUGGACUCGGCAGUGUACUACCUGUCCCACCUGGAGCGCAUCACCGAGGACGGCUACAUCCCCACGGCGCAGGACGUACUGCGGAGCCGCAUGCCCACCACUGGCAUCAACGAGUACUGCUUCUCCGUGCAGAAAACCAAACUGCGGAUCGUGGAUGUCGGUGGCCAGAAGUCGGAGCGUAAGAAGUGGAUUCACUGCUUCGAGAACGUGAUGGCGCUCAUCUACCUGGCCUCGCUGAGCGAGUACGACCAGUGCCUGGAGGAGAACAGCCAGGAGAACCGCAUGAAGGAGAGCCUGGCGCUGUUCGGCACCAUCCUGGAGCUGCCCUGGUUCCGGAGCACCUCGGUCAUCCUCUUCCUCAACAAGACGGACAUCCUGGAGGAGAAGAUCCCCUCCUCCCACCUGGCCACCUACUUCCCCAGCUUCCGGGGCCCCCGGCAGGACGCGGAGGCGGCCAAGAGGUUCAUCCUGGACAUGUACACGGGCAUGUACACCAGCUGUGUGGACGGCCCCGAGGGCAGCAAGCGAGGUCCCCGCUCCCGCCGCCUCUUCAGCCACUACACGUGCGCCACCGACACGCAGAACAUCCGCAAGGUCUUCAAGGACGUGCGGGACUCGGUGCUGGCCCGCUACCUGGACGAGAUCAACCUGCUGUGACCAGGCCCCCGGCAGGCGGCGGGCAGUGGAGAUGGACCCCAAAUGCCGAUCACUCCAGCCCAAGGCCACUGCCACCUCUCUCCUCUGCCCCUCACCUGGUCAGCCGUCCCCCGCCGACCUCCUUGACUCCAUUUACGCCCUUGGAAAGGGAGGAACAAAAUGGCCUCUGGGGAUGCCAGAGUGGGGGGAAGGUCAGGCCCUGGGUGGGAGGCUGCGUGGGAGGGCCUCACCCCCCGUGUCACUGGGUCACCCUGCCCUGGGAAAGGAGCUGUCCUUCGGGGUGGGCUCUGGCGCCCUCUGGUGGAAGCAGGAGGAAUCCCCACCAAUGGCGCUAACCCAGGACAGGUGGCCGGGCAGGGGCCUCUGGCGGCCACCACAGAGCCACCUUCCAGAGCCCCCAGGCCCACGGCGUCCUGCCCCGGUGUGCAGAGGAGGAACCCGAGGCCCCAGCGUCCCUCUCCUGCUCCCAACAGCCUCUGUAUUUAUUCCCCUGCCUUCCACCGGGCCCCCUUGUGGGGUAGACAUUAAAGAAAGGACCCUGAGGUCCGGGCUUCCUG